AUGUUUGCACUGCAGGCCACACAGAUCCCACAUGAUUAUUAUCAGUCAGGUGACCUCAUCAUUGGCAGCAUCGUGUCUCAGUCUCUCCCCUUUUCUGACUUUGUGAACUUUGAUCAACAUCCCAAUGAAAUGCUUUUUGAAGAACCCCUAUAUAAGGAGAUAGCCAGUGCUAGUCCUACUCAAAUAGAUUCAAUGAAAUUAAUAGACAUUUCUAAUUUAGGCGUAGUGAUAAAAAACUACCAGCAUGUCCUGGCUUUGGUGUUUGCAGUCAAAGAGAUCAAUGAGAAUCCCAGGAUCUUGCCAAAUGUUACACUGGGAUUCCACAUCUAUGACAGCUACUUCAAUGAAAAGAUAACUUACCAGACUACCCUAAAUCUUCUCUUUCAAGUGAAAAGGAUGGUCCCCAACUACAACUGUGACAAACAGAAGAAUCUGAUAGCUGCUAUUGGGGGACUUGAGUCUGAAACCUCUCUUUACAUGACCACCAUCUUAAGCAACUAUAAGAUUCCUCAGCUCUCUUAUUUCCUGUUUGGUCCUUCUCUGAGUGCUACAAACCAGUUCCCUUUCCUCUAUCGGGUGGUCCCCAAUGAAGAGAAUCAGUACUUGGGAAUUGUCAAACUACUUCUGCAUUUCCAGUGGACUUGGGUUGGAAUUUUCACAUCAGAUGAUGACAAAGGCGAAAGUUUUGUACAGCUCUUGAUACCCAAACUCUCCCAGAAUGGCAUCUGCUUGGGUUUCACUGAUAGAACACCAGCCCUGACAGACUUUUCUCAAUUAAUGGAUAGGUACCAAGUGGAAGCGGAUAGGCUUUGCCUUGUUAACGACACUAAAGUGAAAACAAUUAUUGUGUUUUCAGAAACUAUGUCUAUAUUGCGUUUGAUAUAUUUAUUGUAUCAAGUGGAAAGAGAUAAUAUGGCCGAGACGUCCCUUGGCAGAGUGUGGAUCAUGACAGCCCAAUGGGACUUUCCAGCAGUACAGUUUCACAGGAGCUGGAGUAUAGAUAUCUUUCAGGGAGCCUUGUCUUUUGCAGUUCACACCAAUCAGCUAGAGGACUUUCAAAAUUUCCUUAAGACAUUAAAUCCUCAUUCACUGAAUCAAGAUGGUUUUAUAAAGGACUUCUGGCAGCAGGCUUUUGACUGCUUACUUUCAGAUUCUCAAGUGGCUGCAGAAAGCGAUGGAAUUUGCACAGGGAAGGAAAAGCUAGACAGCCUUUCUGGACCAUUUUUUGAAAUGAGCAUGACUUCUCAAAGCUAUAGUAUAUACAAUGCUGUUUAUGUGAUAGCCCAUGCUUUACAUGCUAUGUACUCAUUGAAUCACAAGAAAAGAGGGGUGACAGCACUUCCAACCCCACAACCAUGGCAGCUUCAUCCCUUCUUGAGGAGAAUCACUUUCAACAACAGUGCUGGGGAUCAGGUUUCUCUGGAUGAGCGAGGUGAAUUAGAAAGCAGAUUUGAUAUUAUAAACUGGAUUACUUUCCCGAAUAGGUCUUUCUCAAGGGUGAAAGUAGGAAGGAUUGAUUCAUGGGCCUUACCAGAAAAAAAGUUUUCUCUUCAUGAGGAGAUCAUCACAUGGCACAAGAUGUUUAACCAGAUGCCUCCCUCUUCAGUGUGUAAUGACAACUGCCGUCCAGGUUCUGUUAGAAAAAAGAAAGAGGGGGAGCAGUUCUGUUGCUAUGAUUGUGACCCAUGUCCAGAAGGGAAGAUUUCUAACAAAAAUGGAAUGGACAAUUGUAUUGAAUGCCCAGAAGAUCAGUAUCCAAAUGAAGACCAAGAUGGAUGUCUACCAAAGGCUUUAAAUUUUUUAGCUUACAAUGAUGUUUUGAGCAUCACUUUAGCUUUCAUUGUAUUUUCAUUUUCUGUGAUCUCAGCUUUGGUGCUAGUGAUGUUCAUUAAAUACCACAACACUACCAUUGUCAAAGCCAACAACCGAGGGCUCAGCUACACUCUGCUCAUUGCCCUCCUGCUCUGCUUCCUCUGUUCUUUCCUGUUUAUUGGGAAACCUCAAACUGUAACCUGCCUCCUAAGGCAAACAGCUUUUGGCAUCAUCUUCACUGUGGCUGUUUCUUCUGUGCUGGCAAAAACAAUUACUGUGGUUUUAGCGUUCAUGGCUACAAGGCCAGGAUCCAGGAUAAGGAACUGGGUGGGGAAAAGACUGGCAGCUUCUAUUGUUUUCUCCUGUUCCUUCAUUCAAGGAGCUCUUUGUACUGUGUGGCUCUGUAUUGACCCCCCAUUCCCAGAUUUAAACAUGGAAUCUUUGCCUAAAGAAAUUGUGGUUGAAUGUAAUGAAGGGUCUGCCCUUAUGUUUUAUUUUGUUCUUGGUUACAUGGGGCUUCUGGCUCUUGUUAGCUUUGUUGUGGCUUUUCUUGCUAGGUCUUUGCCUAACACUUUUAAUGAAGCCAAGUUCAUCACUUUUAGCAUGUUGGUGUUUUGCAGUGUGUGGCUCUCUUUUGUUCCUACUUAUCUGAGCACAAAGGGAAAACACAUGGUGGCUGUGGAGAUCUUCUCCAUCUUAGCUUCUAGUGCUGGAUUAUUAGCUUGCAUCUUUUUUCCAAAAUGCUAUAUAAUUGUCAUGAAGCCUGAGCUAAACAACAAGGAACACUUAGCAAGAAGAAGGAAGUAG